GACGGCUGCUCUGUGCAUCAAUGACUCACUGAAGGAGCCUCUUGAAGGCUUACUAAAACUCGCGUCUUCUAAUUGACCUUCAGGAUAACCAACUACACUGAUACCCAACAAAUCCCAUAUCAUGACCGUCGCUUCAGGACUUCCUCAACUGCUCGUUGUAGGUCUGGGUAACCUUCCAUUUCCUCAAACCCGCCAUAGCAUCGGACAUCUCAUAAUCGACGCUUUAGCUGCAAGACUGCACAUACAUAUGUCCACUGACAGGACGAUGGGCGGCCUGACUGGACGUUCAAAGGUCACGCUUGGUGAAACUGCCGUAUCUCUGACACUCCUGAAACCAAAACCCCUCAUGAAUAUCACCGGUCCAGCAGUAGCAGCAGCUCUCCGCAAGUCUGUCAAAGCCUCAGAUGCAAUGGUCAUCAUCCACGAUUCGCUAUCUCAUAAACCGAAGGCUUUGUCUCCAAAAAUAGGUGGCUCUGCAAAUGGGCACAAUGGUGUUCGUAGCGUCAUAUCUGCACUUGGAGGUGAAACACAGUUUCAUCGAUUUCGCAUUGGCAUCGGUAGAGGUCCCGGUGAUGCAGCGGAAUAUGUUCUAGCAAAGCUUCCACAGGAAGAGAAACUCUACUGGAAUGGAGAUGGCAUAGGCCUCGACCUUAUUUGUAACGAACUCGAACGUGUCGCCCGCAAACAGCUUGAGAGCCAAGGCUUACCGUGACCAUCACUUCGGACAAGCAUGCGGUAUUCGCGACGACGCGUGGCAAACCUUGUCUGGAUCCUGAGGUGUGACGGCUUCAUCUCGAGUUUAUCUCCGUCCAAUGCCGACGGGCCCAACACAGUGCCGUAGCAGAACGAUGCUUGUACUUCUCAUUUUCAUAUGUACAUCACAUAUUCUGCGUGGCGUGGCCAUAACGAUGGAUGCCAUGCCUUCAGAGCCACGUCACGGGCCUACUUAACCAUCACCGACUUGCAUGCAAUACGAUGUUCUUCCAUAUACACGUAAGGUGCGGUAUUUCUA